GUUGUCAACCCGGCUCAGCCUAUGAAUGGAGACUGGCAGGAAACGUUUAUGUACUGUUUUCUCGCCUUUGGGCUUCGAAACACAAUUGAGCCGUUGCUGUGUAUAUUUAUCUAGUUAGUUAGCUAGAUAGUCCUGCAGCUACAAAACCAGACCGACCACUAAUUAGCUCCCCUUUUGUCACACAGCGCUAACUCGUCAGUGCUCAGUCCGUGCAGACUAACCGGGAGACGCUGCAGAGAUGUCUGGCAACGGUGGCUCCGCUGUCGGCCUGCUGUCUUACGAGACUCUGGUCCAUGCUGUGGCAGGUGCAAUGGGGAGCGUGACAGCCAUGAGUAUCUUCUUCCCUUUGGACACAGCGAAAAGCAGACUGCAGGUGGAUGAGAAGCGAAGGUCUACCUCUACCCCCCUCAUCCUGGCUGAGAUCGCAAAGGAAGAAGGCCUUCAGUCUCUGUACAGAGGCUGGUUACCAGUCAUCUCCAGCCUCUGCUGCUCCAACUUUGUGUACUUCUACACCUUCAACACGCUGAAGAGGCUAAUGGCAUCUGGUCCAGGCAAGUCCAGAGCCAGCAAAGACCUUCUCAUGGGGGUUAUAUCAGGCGUGGUGAAUGUGAUCCUGACCACUCCCAUGUGGGUGGUCAACACUCGACUGAAGAUGCAGGGGGCCAAGUUCAGAGAUGAAGACCUCCAUCAGACCCAUUACAGUGGCAUAUUUGAUGCUUUCUCACAGAUCAUAGCUAAUGAGGGCUUGGGAACUCUGUGGAACAGCACUCUGCCCUCUCUCAUGCUGGUUUUCAACCCGGCUGUGCAGUUCAUGUUAUAUGAGGCCAUGAAGAGGAAGGCAGGGAAAGGAGGGGUGCAGAUAUCCUCAGCAGAGAUCUUUGUCAUUGGAGCUGUUGCCAAGGCCGUAGCUACCACCCUGACCUAUCCUCUUCAGACAGUUCAGGCCAUCCUGAGAUUCGGCCAGUACAAAAGUCAAGGCAGAGGCGGUGUGAUUGGAGGCCUCGCGAACAUUUUGUCCCUGCUCACGGACAGAAUCAAGAGUUAUGGCGUUCUUGGUUUGUACAAAGGCCUGGAGGCCAAGCUGUUGCAGACGGUACUGACGGCUGCCCUCAUGUUUGUUGUGUACGAGAAAAUCACUGCUGCCACCUUCAAAGUCAUGGGCCUGAAUAGGAAACUGAAGCAGUGAAGCCCAUACAACACUCCGUCAGGACACCACCAGUUAAUGCCAGGAAUUGUUUUAGCCACAGAAAUGUUGUAUUAAUGGAUUGGAUUUGUGCCUUCAGGGCCACGGAUUCACACACUCACCCAAAAGAUGCACCAUAACCAAGAGUGGGUGUAAUACUUAAAAUACUCUCUUUGUUUACCUUUAACUGGUUCCAUCUGUGCAGACCAACCUUUCAAAGUGAUCUUACAGGAGCUGAAUUUAGUCGAAUUUUCAAGGAAAAUUCUGCAUUCACAAAUUCAGAGUGCUUUCAUUUGCACUAGAUGAAGACCAAUGUCCUCAUUUUAUAAAGUGAUGCACAUACAAUUGAAAUCAUAUCUCAUUAUGAAAUUUCCAAAACAUUUUAAAACUACUUUGGAAAAAAAUCACGUUAUUUCAUGAGGGAAUCCGCAGUAUUGAGGAUGUUUGAUGUUAUUCACGUCACCAGUCAGUGGAUUUAAUGUUGUGGCUAAUUGCCGUAGCUAGCUCACUAGUGGAGAGGCUUGAUCGCUCUCACAGAUGAGAGUGGUGUCAGUCCUGUCAUCAAAAUCUCAGAAAGGAAGCAUAUUUCUCAAAAUAUCAAACCCACGUACGUAUUGCCUUGACGUUAGCUACUGUACCACCCUUCACACUUUGCCUUAGGUUUUAACUAUGAAUUUAACUGCGUUUGAUAGAAACCACAUGAAAUUCCAGCCAGAUAGACGUGCUGACUUAAGAUGUCAUGAUUAUUACUCACAAAUUGGCAGUACUAACAGGAACAGUGAAAGUGGAGAGCUCCCUUCAUAUUUACAGAGUUGUGUGUAAAGUCUGCACCUACUUUUCCAGCUCAGAAAGGUUUUGAUUCUAACAUUCACAUUAAGGAAAAAUGAAUUUAGUAUAAAUGGGAAUAUGAGUGCUUAACGUUCCGCAGUUUGAGAGUAAAAGUUAAAUGUGAAGUGGAUGCUAGUGUAAGUGCCUCUAAAUUAUAUCCACAGACAGACUGGACUAUGAACUGUUGAGCACUUUAAUGACUGUUGAUGAUUUUACACAAACACGUCAUGCACUCAGCUAUCUUCAUGAUUUAAACAGUCAGUAUGAACAUUUUGUCGCACAGGUGUCUUCCAUUAUUUACCUCAGUGUUCUGCUUUGUGUAGGGUGGUUAGUACUUGCAGUAAUACACAGUAUCACAGAGCCCAUUCUCUGGUUUGGUGAAUGGAUGUUUCUUGCCUUUCAUCUUAAAACCAUUUGAGAGCUAAUUCCCUUCUUUUGUUGUUAAACUGGUCGACAGGUUAACAGGUAACGUGGGAGUUUUAGCUCUCUGUUACUUUGUAAUGUUUAGGAGAUCACAGCCUUUUGACUGUUCAGUAUAAUAAUCGGUGCCAGUGGCGAGGAUACUGUGAAAUGACAUUAUUUACCAGAUUUGAGCUCCUCCACCAUUUAGUUCAGUCCGAGUCAGUCACACACACCUGCUGUCCACAGGUACACCCUUUGUAUGCGGAUCAGUGCCACAAAACGGAUUAUGAUGCAUAAUGCAAAGAGAUUUUUGGUUUCAUGUCAAAGGUGCACUUUAAUAACUCUGCAAGCCUUAGAUCAUCUCCCCUCCCCGACUUUCUGUGCAUGAGCAUCGCCUGUAGCUGAUUGGCUGGAAUAGCGCCUUACGGCUCAGCCCGAGCUACUUUGUUUGUUCCCCAUUUUCAGACACACACAGAAUGAACACAGAGUUUCAAAUUCAGCAAAUGUCAACAAUCUUUAUCCAGAACGGCUCGCCCCACCUUUCAUGGCUGAGGAGUCCAAAACUGGUCAAUGUGUCACCGUUAGUAAUAAAACAAUGGAAGUAACACAUUUACAACACUAAGUAGCUAUGGUUUUCUUUUUUUUUUCUUCUUUCUUUGUAAGUUUACAUGGAAAUACUUUGCAACUACUGAUGCAGUACUUACUUGAAGUCACCGUCACUUAUUUACAUCCCAGUUAUUUUUUACUUACAUUCUUUUCUAACUUUUCUUUUUCAAUUAACGUUCCACUGUUUUGGGGUUUAAAUUAUUGUAACCAAGGAAUAAUAAAAAUAUGAGAGAAACUGUU